ACGCCACGCAGAGUGUGGUUUGUGCUGCUGCUGUCUCUCGCCCUCCCAGUCCAGCUUCAGCAGACCAAAACCCGGCCAAGCACUAGCUGACCAUGGUGGUCCCGUACGUUGCUAAAGGUGCGGUGGUGGUAGCGACUCUCGCCUGCGGAGGAUCGGCGUUUUCCAUACCGCCUUCUUCUUCAGCAACAGCAGCAGCAGGCGUCGCCGGGGCACGACCAUCAUCGCGACACGUGAUGGCAGCAGCAGCACCACCAGGUCCCGGGAGCAGCGAAUACUCGGCAGCAGAGUUUCCGACGUCGCGAAAGGAUGUGCUUGGAGUGGUGUUCGGGGCCGCAGCGAUGUCUUCCUUCGCCUUCGUGUCUGCCGCGGACGCUAAGGACGACCCGGCCCUCAAGGGCACUAAGGCAGACCCCGAGUUCGUAACCUGCCUCAGCGAUUGCAUCUAUUUCUGCACCAAGUCGAAGGAGCAGUCGCGCUCAAGGCAAGAGUGCAUCCCCGAGUGCCGCCAGACCUGUGCAAAGACGAAGGCGCAGGGCAUGAUCGGUGCUCCCCGCACAUCGGAAUAGAAAGAACCAACAACAUCGCGCGGGUGGACACGUUUAGAUAAUAAAAAUUAGAAACAUACGUACGUUAGCAAAAACGGCGUUUCGUGGGAGCAUGCGAAAUUGUUGUUCGUCUGCAAGCAAGCCCCACUGAUUCCACGCGGUGGGACGGUGACCUUGGUUUUGUCAUUCCCCCCCCCAAAUUGCUUUGGCGUGGCAGCAUGCACGAGAUGGGGUGAGAGCAGCGUCCCUCUUGCCCCAUUGGGGGUAGCGUAGCCUGUUCCAACGACCGAUCGCGUGCACUGCUGUGGUCUUUCGGUAGAGAGCGAUGCUGAGGUCGAACUUGUGGGGUGCUACUGCAAGAUUGGCGUAGUGUUACUCCGGUUCAAAGAGCGAGCAGUGCAAUACAUAGUGGUUGAGAUUUUUUGUAGAGCACAAGAGUGGUCAAACUCGAGGGAGAAUAUGCCAUGUUGUGAGGAGGCGCUGGGUGUGCAGCCGUCAUGUGUGCGCAUUCGAGCGUUUCUUUUUUUGCGACGUCGAAUGAUGUCCAUAACCGUAGGUCCCGGGGUGCCAUGGGAAUCAAGAUCGCGGCAGGUACUUCGCAUGAAGAGCUUGCAUAUUCCCCCGCACUAUACCAGCACUGGUUGUUCCGGCCGCGCCGGGCAGAGCGCUGGCCCGGAGUUUGCCAGUGAAAGGACGCCCUGUCUCUCGUCUUUAUUUCGUAGCAGGGCAGGCGAGACGUGUCUGCACACACAUGUGGCCGUUUAGUGCGGGCUCGCUUGCUGGUUUCCUUGUCGUUUUUGACAAUAAGCCACUCAUCUCCUCCGAGGCGCAGCACCUUUGAUAUUCCUGGUGUGUUUGUAGAGGCUCCACGACACGUACGGCGCUUCGUACCUGUCUGCCGUGUUUACUUUGUGGUUGGGGGAGAAACUCGGCGCAAAGGGGCUGCGGAGAGUAAGAGUGCGUGUGACUUUGCUUUGCAUAGAUAGGUUGAUGCGAUGAUGCUCUUGCAAGCUCAACAAAAGGUUCCAGAAGCCUGUUAACAGGAACGCUUCCUUGCACACUAGGAUGCCGCGUUUGUGUGCCCGACGUAUGGCAAGACCUUGAGGCUCAUUCCUACCGCACAACAGCAGCACAACAAUUUUUACGCCUUGCGGGCAAUGGGAAAUGCGUGCCCGUAACAGUUUGGUUCGUUUUUCGCGGAGGCAUUGCUCCUUUACCCCUAAGCUGCCAUCCUCCCGGCCGGUUUCUGUGGUAGGCAAACCUUCUCGAUCGGGCUUUCCAGUUACACGUUCAGAUGGCGCACGUCAAAGCAGAACCAACAAGUGCCUCUUCGCAGCCGCCUCUCUCCACACAACGCAGGAGUUAGCUCUCCAGACGCGUCACACUGCGAAACCUGCCCACUUCACAACACCUUUCAUCAUCAAACUGUAGAGUCGGGGCGGCAGAGGAGGAGGAGGGCCCCAAGGCGGAUGUUUGUCGCUCCGCCGAGAGCCCAAAAGCGGGAGUCAAGAGUCCAAGAGAGUGAGAGAGACCCCGUCGGUUCGUCAGCAGCAAGACAACUGAUGUUAAAACCUUUUUCCGGGGCGAUUUUGGAGGUAGCCAAUCAAUCCGGUACGCACCGGGCCACCAUACCAUAGACCAUUGCAUUGGCCCAUGGUUUUUCGUAGAAUCAACCACCACAGGAAAGGCAUGUUCGGGUGAUAUUUUUGGCUAAAACUUCCUCGCGCGAAGCAAUACUCCAUGAAGCAAUUGUACAAAACACAUUUAAAGUACACGAAACUUUCAGGGGAAGAUAAAAGUUACCGGUGCCUCGGAGGAACCGGUACUACUGACCUCCGUGACAAAAACUUUUCAACCCCACAAGCCUCAGGGGUAAAAAUAACAAAAUUACAGACCAAACGCUUACGCACCAACCAAAAGCCACCAAAGUGUAUCACAGAAUCUGGCUCUCGUACCCACGCCUGCCACGUGUACACGGCCUUACCAAAACUUUGACGAACCAAACAACACACAGCAAAAACCACUUCAACAUGCCGAUUCAUUCCUCGCCACCUUCCAAAACAACCGUCAGAUUCGGUCCCCACCUACCUUUCGUCUACAGGUUGACCUUGUGAAACAAUGCCAAACGAACUUGGAUAACCCCGCCUCCGAAUCAACCUAGUUUACACUUGAAGGUGCUGGAACCAUGGACCCGCCAAUAUCGCAGAAAUUGUAGCUAGAGUGGAACACAAGCAACGCCGCUUUCUCGGAGUUCCCGACGACGACGGGAUUGAGGGAGGGGGGGGGGGGGG